AAAGAAAAUUCAUAAAAUGUCUUAAUUUAAUUAAAACUCAUAAAAUAUGAAAGCUAAAGAACUAUUUGUCGCGUUAAUCAAUGCAAGUGAAAAGGCUGCAAACAUAGCACGUAAAUGCAGAAGCAAUCAACACUUGUUUAGUCUUUUAAUUGAAGAAAAAACUGGAGAUGAAAAGAACGACCGUUUCUUCCAUGACUUUAAAACACUUGCAGAUGUACUGAUACAAGAAACAAUUCGUUAUGAUGUCGGAAAACUAUUUCCAAGCAUAAAGGACAGCAUUAAAGGCGAAGAAAGUCAUGGAUUUGAAAAUGUUCUUGGAGAAAAAGUUAUAAUUGAAAUUGAUGAUAAUCGGGAAUGUACAUUCAAAAUGUUACGGAAAGUACUUGACAGUAAUGAUGAAGCAGCGAAGGAACUUACUAAUGAGAUCUUUAAAGUCAUAGAUACUGAAGUGGAAUUAAGCAUUUCCGAUGAUGAAGAAAUUGAUUUUGAUAUUGGAAUUUGGAUUGAUCCAAUUGAUGGCACUGCUGAGUAUAUAAAUGGAGUCGAUGAACUUACAGAAUUCUCAAACAUCCAGAAAAGUGGAUUACAAUGUGCAACAAUUUUAAUUGGAGUUUAUAAUAAAUCAACGGAACUGCCAAUUAUCGGAGUUGUUUGUAGUCCAUUUGCAGCAAAAGAUGAUGACGAUUAUGUCAGUAAAAUAUUCUAUGGCAUCUCCUUGAACGACAUUAAAUAUUCAAAUGUGCAGCCUCGAGUCAAUUCAAGGAAAAUUGCGAUAACAUCAUCAUCAGAACUGUAUAAAUGCAAAUCCUUUGAAGUUGCAAUGUCUGCAGGAGCAGGAUAUAAAGCAUUAAAAGUUAUUGAAGGAGAUGCUGAUAUUUAUUAUUUAAGUAAAGGAUCAACAUUUAGAUGGGAUACGUGUGCAUGUCAGGCGAUUCUAAGAGCUCUCGGUGGUGAUAUUGUUGAAUUUAAAAACAGUAUUAUUGAAAAACAACCCAUUCCAUUAAAAUAUCCUCAUAAUAAUGAAGAUAAAUGCAAUCGGAAUGGCUUGAUCGCUUACCAAGAUGUAAAUGACUUUUAUAAACUUCUUGAAGAUUUAUCGGAUGCAAUUUAAGUUUAUUGCUGCAACUUUUACUGACGAGAUGGAUUAAUGUAUCAAAUUGGUGUUUCCUUUCCUUGCUACUUUUAGAUUAAUGCCGUAAAAAACCAACGUUUUUUCAGAAUUUAGAUUCCAACGGCUUUUAACAUUGAAAAACAUUUGAAUCUCAAAAAGUCGUUGGAAAUCGGAUCAAUUUAAAACUCAAAAAGACGUUAUUUUUUUAAAACUUUUAUUCAACAUUAUCCUCACUUAUCUAUUAUAUACAAAAGCGAGUAAUUAUUUCAAAAUGAUUUUCGCCAUGCCUUGUUUCCUAUCAUUAAUCGUGCUCUACCGUAAGACCAUAUCUAGUCAUUAUAAUUAAUCAAUCAUUCGAUGUUGUGUAAUUAUGUUCCAUAAAUAAAAUAGGACGCAACUCAUUCCCAGACGAUUCAAAAAUGCGUGUUGUUUAUUUUAUGCAUGAAAAAUGUUUUUAAUAAUUUUUUUAUACAACUAGGACAACAUAAUAUGUAGGAAACAGAAAUAAAUUUGCAUGUAAAAAAAUUAUCUCGAUUAUUUUAUCCGGAAUCAAAUUGAUGGUUGGAAUUAAUUGCAUUAUGAUUUUCCACCAAAGCCCCCCAUCAUAUUUUGUAAACCGCUCAUACCGCCUUGCUGUAACUGUCGCAUCAUAUUUUGAAGUCCUGACAUUCCACCCAU